CCCCCGGUAGCUCUGGACGACACUACACUGUUGGGUGCUGCACCCUCCCGUAGCGCGCCCCAGCUGCCACAGCGGGAGACGGUCUUCGGCUUUGGUGCAGCAAGGCGGCAUCUCUCAGAGCAGUUCCGCAACCUUGUGGACCAGCUGGUGGAGGUCCACCUCACUGAGCUGCAGCUGGAACGACGCCCGCCAGAACCUUUGGACGGUGGUCCAGGUGGGGCCAAGCCUCGGCGCUCGUCGAAAAUCGAAAAGAUUGAGCGAUCGGGAUCGCAGCUUCAUCUGCAAGAGGAGAGCCUCUGCCUUUGCGGAUGUCAUGACCAAGCAGCAUGAGAGUUUACCUCAAGUGCAUGCGAGCCAAAUCUUAGACAUUUGGCAGACUCACGAGGACGAAAUCAAUUCCAUGUUAUCCUUUGACGGCGAAUGGGUGGGCAGGACCAAUUCCAUGGAGAAGUUGGGCUGCGGCGGCAUGGUGGAGCUGGUGCAGUCGGUGAAAUAUGAGAUGCUCAUGGCCAUUUUCUUGUCUCUGAACAUCCUCUGGAUGGCUUUCGAGCUUCAAGUUUAUGGGACCAUGGCUGGAGAGGAUUUGAGAGCGGGCGGUCUGAUCGAUCGCAACUUGAAUGGCUGGGAAACAUGCUUCAUGGUUGGGGAGAUUGUCUUCACAGUGACCUUUGCGCUGGACGUCACCUUGCGCAUCAGCGUCCUUCGAUGUUACUUCUGGCGGUCACCGUUGAACUACAUCGAUCUCCUUGUUUCGGUCACGUCCGUUGCAGAGAUUGUAGUCUAUUACGCCAUCGACCUGCCUGUGAACUCCGUCUUCUUCAGGCUUUUGCGCAUUGGAAAGCUGGCACGAGCGAUACGAAUGUUUUCGAUGACCAGCGUCCUUGCAUCGCUGCAAUUGCUCAUCAAGUGCCUGGCUUCCAGCCGCGAUAUGCUCUUCUGGAGCUUCUGCUUGUUGACAUUGGUCCAGGGUGUGGCGUGUCUCAUCGUCAGCACACUUUGUCGGGAUUUCGUGGAAGACCCGACCUACACGCUGCCGGUGAGGGAGGAGGUCUACCAGUACUAUGGCACCUUCACUCGCAGUUUUCUCACGAUGAGAUGGACGUGCUCAUACUGCCCACCGGUCUCAGUCUGCCGUCGCGCGCUGAGCGUCUCGUAGAUAAACUAAUGACCGCCGCCUCGUUUUCUUUCUUUGUUUGUUUGUUUCUUUCUCUCUUGCGCCAAAGUGAACUCCUGAAAGUGCAGGGGGCCGUUAUUCGCGCGCUCGGUGAACCAACUUGCGGAUCUAAGUGGCUCCGACAUACGAGGGCAUCAGCUCCAUGUAUUCUCACGUAUCACUUUAAGCCAUUUUGCGGCUGCGUGGUGAUAAGCCAACAAAAGAGCUGGACUGUGGACUCCGAAGGGUUUCCCUGGCAUCGUCAACAGAUGUGUUUCUGAAUGGGGCCUUGGAGGUGGAAGCGCCCUCAUGUUCCCCCUAUUCCCCUUUGUGGUGCCCAGUAGCCAGCUCUGGAUUUUUCAUUCCAUAAUCUCGGCGAAAGCGCGCGGAGAUCUUGUGGUCAAAGCGCCAAAGUGCAGGGCGCCGGGACUCGUUUCCCGAUUUUCGAUACUGUGCUGACAGUUGGAAGUGGGCAAGGCGGAUGGCUGUGCCAUCCUGAGUGGCUCGUCGGUGAGUCCGGCGUGUUACAAUAAAAUGAGAAAGGAGAGUGUUUCUCACGUGUUCCUUGUCGGAAGGAGUACGUACCAAGCUGGACUCACCUGGCCUGACAAUGCAACAUUGGACUGAGGAUGAGACCAUCUUGCGAUGGUUGUCGCAACUAAGGAACCUUACUGGAUGACCGGUAUGGCCGCCGGACUGAGGUGCGGCGCCGCGUGCUGCUGCUGCUGCUGCUGCCGCUGCGGCUGCUGCUGCUGCCGCUGCUGCUGCUGCUCCUGCUGCCGCUGCCUAGC